AUGUACAUGAACGAUCUGAUGGUGGCAGGCCACAAUCUGGCGUCAGUUAUUAAAUUGAACAAGGACUUAGCCUCAAUGUUUGAGAUGUCCGACUGUGGAGAGCUACGACACUUCCUAGGAAUGAAGAUCGAGUACAACCACGAAGAUGGACAGCUGCAGUUAUCUCAAGAUGCAAGCAUUGAUAAGCUGAUAACCCGUUUCGGAAUGUCCGAAUGUAAUCCAGCGCGAACCCCGAUGGAGAAAGGCCUGGUGCUAAAACGUGAAGGAGAAAAUAUCAACCAACCGUACCGGGAAUUACUCGGUUCACUAAUGUACGUUAUGCUUAGUGUUCGACCGGAUAUAUGCUAUCCCGUUGGUUACCUGGGCAGGUUCCAACAACAGCCGUCUACCGAGCAUUGGCAAGCUCUAAAGCGAAUCGUUCGCUACUUGCAAGGCACAAAGAAAUUGAUGUUGCAGUUCAAGCGGAAUCCAAAAAGUCGUGCAUUAAUAGGAUUUGUAGAUGCAGACUGGGCUUCCGACACUGAAGAUAGGAAAUCCAUCAGCGGAUAUAUUUUUCAAGUGUUUGGGUGUACGGUAGCCUGGUGCAGUAAAAAGCAGACCACUGUCGCCACUUCGUCUAGCGAGGCGGAUAUAUAUGUUAAUACGUAUAUUAGUCUUUUGUGUGAAAAUACAACCACCGGUCUAUGGUCUUAUCUUUCGAUUGGCAUGCAUCAAUGA